CUUAGGGUGAAGAGUCGGUAUUAUAGGAUUUAUUUUAUUUAUUUGAAGAAUUUUUAUAUAUAUUUGGGGAAAUUAAUUUUGUAUAAAAGAGAGUAUUUUUUUAUGAUAAUAGGUGUAUUUUGAUGUAUUUGGAUUUGUAUAAAUUGAGAAUUUUAUUAGAAUUUUUGGAACGUGACAAAAUAGUAUCAAAGCAUUUUGUUAGAAUUUUUGGGGUGUGAUAAUUUCAAUUUAAUAUUUAAUCAAAUCUGAGAGGGUGUAAGUAAAAUUAAUUCUAUUUAUUUUGGACUACGAAGAAUUAAGAACUGGUUCAAAUAUUUAAACAAAUUUAUUUGACUAAGAAAAGUCAAAGCCGAGUAAAGACUUGUUCCAUAUUAUCUCACCAACCGAGUUUGCCCAAGUCAUAUCAAAAUUUCUUCACGUUCUUAUUGUAAUCUCUCUACAGUUUGUUUGUGAAAAAACUUUUAGAACUUUCUAGGGACAUUUUAAAGGUUUUGAUCAAAGAUCAGGCAACAAGGACUCAUUGGCUCAUUGCUAUGAUUCCCUCGUUUUUUUUUUUUUCCUCUCUUUCUUUUCAAUUAUAUAUUUUGGACUAGGAAUAAUUAAAAACCGUUUCAAAUACUCGAACAAAUUUGUUUGACUAAUAAAAGUCAUAGCCGAGUAAAGACUUGUACCAUAUUAUCUCUAACAACCUAUAUAUGUUUGCACAAGGCAUAUCAAAAUUUAGUCGCAUUCUUAUUGUAAUCUCUCUACAGUUUGUUUGUUUGUGAAGAAACUUUUAGAAUACAAACUUUCUAGGAACAUUUUAAAGGUGUUUGGCCAAAGAUCAGGCAACAAGGACUCAUUGGCUCAUUGAUCUGCUUCUCACCAUAUUCACCUGCUUGUUAGCUGAGAUAUCCACAAACGACUCCAUGUCUUCACCAGAGAAAACAUUCAUUGUUGCAAUAGUAAUUGGCAUAGCAGGGCUUUUGAUAGUACUGGCAGUAAAAUGCAUUUUCAUUUUAUAUUUUUGGAUGAAGAGAAAACCAAUUAUAAGGGAAAUGCAACCAAUCAUAGGUGAAGUGCAACGAGCAUUCAAUCGGCCAUCACUGAAUGGAGUUCCAAUUUGGGAGGUUGAUGCACCUUCAAUGGCGAAGUUCUUCCAAGACCUGGCAAAUGAGAAAGCGAUUAGAUUUCAUGAACAGGAACUACGUAGCUUCACAAGUAAUUACUCAACAAGGUUGGGUUCUGGAGGUUUUGGGGAAGUUUACAAAGGACAGUUUCCAAAUGGAGUGCAAAUCGCAGUAAAGGUCCUCAAAAGGAGCUCAGAAAGAAGAGCUGAAGAGCAAUUCAUGUCAGAAGUUGGCACAAUAGGAAGAACCAACCAUAUAAAUCUAGUCAGACUAUAUGGAUUUUGCUAUAAUCCCUCUAUAAGUGCGUUAGUGUUUGAGUACAUGGAAAAUGGAUCUCUUGACAAGUACCUGUUCAGUGAUACACAAACGAUUGAGUGGGAGAAGCUAUAUGAGAUUGCAGUUGGUACGGCCAAAGGUAUUGCUUAUCUGCAUGAAGAAUGCAUGCAAAGAAUCAUUCACUAUGACAUCAAGCCUGGCAAUGUUUUGCUUGACGCAAAAUUCUUUCCUAAGGUUGCAGAUUUUGGGCUAGCAAGGCUUUGGAAUAGGGAUGGCACCCACGCAAGUGUGACCGGAUAUAGGGGGACUCCUGGUUACUCUGCACCAGAGCUUAUGCUGAAGAAUUUUCCAAUAACUCAUAAAUGUGAUGUUUACAGCUAUGGUAUGUUGUUGUUUGAGAUAGUUGGAAGGAGGAAGAAUGCCAUAAGUGGUCCUACAGAGAGCCUAGAUUGGUUCCCGAAACGUGUUUGGGAUGAGUAUGAGAAGGGUGAGUUGGCAACGAUGACCAUAUCGUGUGGGAUUGAAGAGAAGGAUAGAGAGAAGGCAGAGAGAAUGUCCAUGAUAGCUUUGUGGUGUGUUCAAGACUCGCCAGAGGCUAGGCCACCGAUGAGUGUUGUGGUGAGGAUGUUGGAGGCAGGAGUGGACAUUGCUCCGCCUCCUAGACCAUUCCACUAUCUGUAUUCAGUAGGCAUGAAUGUGCUGAAACCACUUGGUAGUACUGAUAACAGUCCAAAUGAUUCAAGAAGGGAGGGAUCUGAUUCGUACUGGUACAAGGACUCCACGCCACUAAUGACCAAGUAUGAGAUACAAAUUGCCAGCUCUUCCUCAUAAAAGUGAACAAUAAUCUUACUCCGACAGUACAAGAUUCAAUUUGUAUCUUAGAUUACAUUUUAUUUUAAUCUAUUUCGUUAAAAAAUUUGAAGAUGUCAUAUUGUUAUCAAAACCUUU